AUGGUAGAGUUUCUGUCAGAAGAUUCUGACUCGCCUAUGAGGAGGCGCAACCUGGAGGAAGCUAGUCGGCAUGUCAAGGAGGUUCGUCCAAGAAGAAGGACGAGACGAAUCUUGCAGAAGAAAAAUGCGGACCGUUACUCUCUAGAGGCUCCUGUAAGACAGCAUGAGAGCGUCGCCCGAAGGAAGAAUGGAUGUGGCUCUGAAGAAAAAAGGGGGCGAAGGAGGACGUCCUCUAGAGGUCCCUUUAAGUUCAAUACGGCCCUUGGCGAGAUCCUCCUUGCGGAAGGACCAAGUCUGGGAAUAGAACCGUCUCCCCGACGAUCGUUCACCUCCUGCCCACAAGUACCUUUCUGUGUUUUUCACAACGACGAAGGGCAUGACACUCAAAGUUGCCGGAUGUUGAGGAAGAUAUUAACUGAUUGCGUGGCUGAAGGACACCUUCGCCAGUACGUCCAUCUAGAGGACGCACAUGAAGAAGCGAGCCCCACCUCUAAGUACACAAAUGAAAGAAUUAUGGUAAUAUCAAGAGGAAUAGCGGCAGGAGAACCAUGUAAGGAGGGACGACAAAAAGGCCCACCUCAUCUUCGCCCAGCACAGAAGAACCUACCCUCUGUAGAAAUUUCCGAAGACGACUAUAGAAGGGCGGCCACACCAUAUGAUGACGAUCCUCUGGUUAUUGAGGUUAAGGUGGCUAAUCUUAAGGUAAAGAGAGUACUGGUGGAUACGGGAAGCUCGUCUGACAUAAUCAGUCUGCAAUGCCUGCGGAAAUUAAGGCACAAUCCAGGAGACAUAGAACAAGUUUACGGGCCCUUGGUAGGAUUCGGGGGGAGCAUCGUUCGUCCAAUUGGUUCCAUUUUGCUGCCGAUUUCUUUUGGAAUUCCCCCAGUAGUCAAAGAAGUUGCCAUCAGGUUUAUAAUAGUGGCAAAUCUCACCACAUUCAACAUCAUACUUGGUCGUCCAACACUCAACGACCUAAAAUCUGUGAUCGUCCCUCAUUUACUAUUGGUAAAAUUUGUUGGAAGCAACGGACGCGUUGGAUCUCUCUAUGGAAAUCAACAGUUGGCCAGCGAUUGUUACUUGUCGACGUUGGAGCCAACGGCCUGGGGAGCUUCUCCAAAGGGAAAGUAA